AUGGAGUUGUUUGUUCGCAUCCGCGAGAUCUGGUCAACGGUGAAGGGCGAAUACGAAGCCUUGAGAAGCAUUAUUGGUCCUGUGCGCCUCGGAAAAACCGAGUUGCUCAUGCUAUUUUUCAGAAAGGCCAUCUACGAUGUCAGAUUAUCAUACCAGACAUCAAGUCUCGGCGUGAGAUCUGUUGUACUGGGCCUUGUCAUCCUAGGCGGACUGCUUCUGCUUGACAAUGUCACGGGUCGCUUCUCCGUUGUCCGCCGUCGAGGCGUCCCCGUUCUGAAACAGCCAGAGGGAGCCCGACGCUGGGAUUAUCAGGGGAUGCUGGAGGAGGGCCGACGCAAAUACCCAAACUCCCCAUACAUCAUCGCCCAAUCUGGGUAUGAUUACGUCGUGUAUCCUUCAUCUUGCUUCGACCAAGUCAAACGGCUGCCCAUGUCAAAAGCGUCUCUGUUGGACUUUGAGACGCAUGUUUUCUUCCAAGGGUGGCGGUUUCUUGGUUCGGACAGUAGCAUCUUACACAAGAUGAUCGCUACUGACCUCUCACGCGCACUUCCGGAAAGCACGCCUACGCGUCAAAAGCACACCGCUAGAGGUGUUCAAGCGGUCUUGGGGCCCUGCCCGGAGUGGAAAUCAAUUCUUCUCUACAAAACGAUACAAGAGGUCGUCGCAAGGACCAGCGCAGCUACCUUUAUGGCCCCGGACCUUGCUGAGAACAGUUGGUGGCUGGGAGCUGCACAGUUAUUCCCAAUGAUGACGCUCCUGGCGGUAUUCGUCUGUCACAGGACCCCGCGCUUUGCUCGUCCAGUGGUUGCAUUCAUUGUCUUUUUCCCUGCCUGGUGCAUAUAUUGGGUCAUGGAGAUGAUGCUUUACCCCAUGGUCAAGCGAGACAUCUCUAAUUUCAACGCUGCCACGAGAAAAGGAAACGCCGAAAAGGAGACCGGACCGGUUUCUACCGGAAAUCUCCCAAUCACGGAGUGGCUCAUGGCUCGUUACUCUCCAGCUGAUCGUAAAGUCAGACAGAUCGCGCGGGACUUUAUUAGUCUAGCAUUCGAAUCCAUCCCCGCCACCUCGGCAACCAUUUACUUCAUCUUGUCGGAGCUAAGUUGUCGUCCUGAACUCGUAAACGAGCUGCGGGAAGAGGUGUCACAGCUGCUGGUCGAUGGACAAGUCCCUGCGAACAGCUUAGGAGAGCUCAAGAAGAUGGAUAGCGUGAUGCGAGAAUCGGCUCGGAUCAAUCCUUUCAGUUACUUGGGACUAUAUCGCAGGCUGUCUCAGCCUGUGAAGCUACCCAUCGGCCCUGAGCUGCCAGCGGGGACUAUGAUAUGCGUCGAUGUUCACCACAUCAACACGUCACAGGCUUUGUGGGAAAGUCCUCUCGAGUUUGACCCAAUGCAUUUCCUAAAGCUUCGGCAGCACCCAGGUCAAGAGAGUCGACACCAGUUUACAAGCCUUGGAGCGGACUCGCCGGGCUUCGGAGAUGGUCCGCAGGCCUGCCCUGGAAGAUUCUACGCCAGCAAUUCUAUAAAAGUCUUUCUCUGUCAUUUUCUUAUGAACUACGAAAUACAACUUGAUCCCAAAGCAGCCAAGCCGAAACGGAAUUCCAUGUCCAACGGAUCAUUUUCGCCGGACAUGUUUGCGCGCAUUCGGGUUCGAGCUCGCAAGCCCCAGUUAUGA